AUGUCAAGUAUUAUUACUGUUUUUAUUUUGUUUCUUUACUACUUAAAAUUAUCAAUCAGUAUUACCGUUGCCAAUAAACCUUUUUCUCUGAAAAAUCAUCAAUCUAUUUCGACAACAUCUUAUCCACUAGUUCUUCAAAUUCCAUCACCACCAACAUUUUCACAAACUUCUACACGAUCUACAAUUGUUCAUUCGAAUCAUGAACAAUAUGGAAAUGAAGAUGAAAAUUUACAAACAAAACUUGAAAAAUUGAAUUAUUCGGAACAUAAGUCAUUACUUGCUUUAAUUUUGCCUAUACGUACGAAGGUUAAACCUUUUGUAUUUAACAUCAAUCAAUCACCUCUCCUUUUACUGAUUUCAUCAGUUGAUUUGAGUUAG